AUGCUUGUCUCAGACCUUGACGAACUCCGAGAUCUAGUUAACCUCCUUAUUACUGGCCUUGAUCAUCUGCCAGGAGCGAAUGAUCUCCGUUUUGCUGUGAAAACGAUAGACAAACGUCUGACCAGUCUUCAAACUAUCUGCAUGGAAAGGAAAAGCUCUCUAGCCACUGUGAUCAACCAUUUGGUUGAAAUGGCUUCUCUUGAAUCGCAUUUAUACUCCUGGAUUGACAAGUGCUCAAACUUUCUUGAUUCAACGUUUUCUUCUGAGGUUCCCAUAGUAAAAGAUUUGCCUGCGGCAUUGGGACUAGAUUAUUUAGAACAAGUGGGUUUUCUAUGGUUGUUCAUGCUUUAUUCUCUUAGUUUUUGA